AUGGUCGCUGAUGCUCUCGUCUACCACCCCACGGUAGCGCACUACCUGCGCUACAUGGCCACAACCCUCGGUCGCGACAAGCUCAUGCGAGUUCUUCAGUACUUCGCCCGCUUCUACGCCUGGUAUCUCCUCCGCACAAACGCAACCCCCGACAAGGUCGCCCCUUGGAACACCCUCAAGAAGCAGUUCGGCCUGUUCCGAAAGGUCUUCCGAGCCGGAAAGUUCGUCGAGCACUACAAGGCCGCUGCCACAGCUUCCGACUCCAAGUCCCUCGACCCCGUCCUCAAGUACACCCAGGUCGGUCGCCAGCUGGGCUAUGCUGGUUACCUCACCUGCGAUGCUCUCACCAUCCCUGAUGCUGCCGGUAUCAGGAAGUGGCAGCAUGCCAAGCGCCUUCAGCAGGAGGCUUAUAGAUCCUGGGCUAUUGGUAUCGCCUUUAGCAUCAUUGGUCAGCUGUACACUCUGCGACAGCUGAGCGUGCGCGCAUCAAAGGUUGAUCUCAAGGAGGGUGAGGGUGUUGUCGAGAGCAAGACCAUCUCCAUUGAGCGCGCUGCCGCCAAGAAGCAACUCCUCUGCGAUCUUUGCGAUAUCCUCGUUCCCGUCUCCGGUCUCGGAUGGGUAUCCUUCCUCGAUGACGGCAUCGUUGGUCUUACUGGUACCUUGAGCAGUGUCAUCGGUGUCUACACCCAAUGGAAGAAGACUGCUUAA